AUGACAAGAAAGAAAGUAAAACUUGUAUGGAUCGAGAAUGACAAGUCAAGAGCAACAAGUUUGCAAAAAAUGAGGGUAGGAUUACUUAAAAAGGUGAAAGAGCUAACCAUAUUGUGUGCUGUAAGGGCUAUUGUAAUCAUUUUCAGCCCCGAUAAGGUUGGACCAUUGGUGUGGCCAUCUCCUCAGGCGACUCAUGGUCUCCUAGACGAAUUUUUCGCUUUACCGAAGUCCGUGCAGAAGAAGAAAGAGUCAAAUGUCGAAUCCUACCUAAAAGAGAAGACACAUAAGUUUCAAGAACAAUUGAAGAAGAGUAAAAAGAAGAACAAGGAGCAUGUCAUUGAUGAGCUGAUGAUGCAACUCCAAAGCGGUCGUGAAAUUGCUGAUCUUAACCAAAGUGAGAUGUAUGCCUUGUUAUCUUUCUCAAGAGAUACUAUCCUACUUUGUAGGAAGAAACUAGCUUUCAUGCAAUUUCCUCCUCUUCGCGAUCCACCAGUGUUUCCAUUUGAAAUACAAGUCGAAGAGUUCAAAACCACCACAAAUGAUGGUUUUGUAGGAGGCGGUCAAGAUAAUAAAAGAGCUGGAAGGACAGAUGAAGCAACAAGAUUCAUCAACACCGAUAUAUUUAAGCAGAGUAAAAGUUAUUACUUUUUUGAUGAAUGGGUUUUUCCACCUAGUCCACCUAAAUAUGAAAUACCGCAACAAAUGGAGAACGGAAAUCCAAACCCUAAAAGCUAUCGUCUUUAUCAAGGAAGCAGUAGCAACGGAAACCCUCAUUUGGAAAUGGAUCCAUUUCGUCUCCAAAUGAUGACUUCCCAAGGUUUGGCUGGGUCAGUCUCCCAACCUUUACAACAUCACAGCAUGAUCAAUAAUCCAACAAUGGCUAUGAAUCAACCAAGCCAAGAUCCUUUUGAUUACAUGAGAAGUGAGCUGGGAAUAAACGAAGGAAUCAACAUUAACAACUCACAAUUUUACAUGAGCAACAACACUAUAACGGCUAAUGAUGGUGUUCGCCAAGAACCAUAUCCUAAUGUAACAACCGCUGGAGAAAACAAUGGUGAUGCGACGACGUCUAAUACCAACAUGGUGUGGCCGGGUUUUAACAAUCAUCAUUUCUAA